AAAUCUUCAAGAGUUUUGUUUAUCAAAUGUGAAGAUUAGUUUUGUCUUCAUUUCAUUUUAUUGAUAUUUUGCUGUCACUUAGAUUAAUUACCUGGAGAAAUUGUAUUUCUUAUUGUCAAUAAUCAUCACCUAAUUCACAAUAAUACUUCAAAUUCAAGAAAGUGUUUUGUGUAAAUUUACUUCAUUCUUUUAUCAUGAUGGCGAAUCUUGUGCCGAUUUUGUGUAUCCUAAUUAUCACGAUAUGCCACAUUGACGGUAAACCAACUGAGUCUGUUGUCUCAUCUUGUACUUCUUGUGAGAGAUUAACUCAAAUUUCGAAAAAAUUUCAUGACUUAUUGAGUAUCAAAGAGGUUCGUGAUAGUAUUACUGAAUAUUCUGGUCCUCUGGGAACCUGUACUGAUAACGAUGAAGUGGUUACUAGUCCACCAGCCGAACAAGAGGAAACCGUCGAUCCUGAGUGUAUGUUGUGUAAACGAGUAUUUGAACAAAUCUAUGCCUAUUUACAAGAGAACCGCACCCAAGAAGCAAUUGAAGAUGCUUUAGAUAAAGUUUGUGAUGAACUGUUUCCAUCUUCAAAGAAAAAAUCUUGUCGUAAAUUUAUCGACUCUUACACAGCUCAGAUAAUUGAUAUUGUUCUUCAAACAACCGAUCCCAAAGAAGCUUGUAUCAUCCUCGGUGUCUGUAAGCCAAGGAAACAAGUUGAAUACUCUUCUGAUUCCCGUGAAGAAGUUGAAGAGAUUGUCGAAGUCAUUCCAUUAACACUUCUUGGACCAAAAGCCGAAAAGAUGAAGAAGAUGACAUCUAAAGAUGAAUGUGACCGCUGUGAUCGAAUCCUAUCAAUUAUUGGUAAAUAUUUUCCCGAUCAAACCUUGACCAAAGAAGAUGAGAAAAUGUCAGAGAAGAAUAAUUCUACUCGAAACAAUUCCGUUGAACUUAAUCAUGAAGUCGAAGGUAAACCUCGAUUGGCUUGUGCUGAAUGUUUAGUUUUCGCCAAAGAAAUUCAAACUAAAUUGUACGAUCACAAAACCGAAGAAGAGGUGACAAAGUUCAUCACCAAUGGACUUUGUCUUCAUUUUCCAAACAAAGAAAUCAAAGAAUCAUGUAAAUAUUUUGUCACCGAAUAUGGAGAAUCGGCUAUGCAAAUGAUUGCGUUGAAAAUAUUCGAUCCCCACACAUUUUGUUCAAAAGAAUUGAGAGUUUGCUCGAAAGUACAAUCAUCUCAUGAGAGUGAAAUUGAAUCACCUUCAUCCGAAUUUGAUUUCAUCGAUAAAAAGAUUGAAGAAACUUGCAGUCUUUGUGUCGAUAUGAUCCAAAAGAUGGAAUCACAAAAAGACGGAGAUGAAAAGGCCAAAACGAUCUGCUCACAAUACAAACAAACCGAGAAAAAUGCAAAGUGUAUUGACAUUGCCGAUGCUUUUGGUAAACAUUUUGAAAAAAUGAUCGGCUUCGAUUCUGCUGAAAAGAUUUGCAAGACUGUCGAUCUCUGUUACACUAGUGCCCACAGUCACCUUCUUGGUGGACAAAAGUGCAGCUUCGGACCAUCUUAUUGGUGUAACACCAAAGCUCACGCCGAUGCUUGUAAAGCCGUUGAUUUCUGUCGUAAAAAGGUUUGGAUACCAAUUGAAUAAUCUUUUUGGAUUCGAAUUAAUUUUUUCAGUCAACAAGUUAAUCAACAAUUAGCUGAUUAUGCUCUCUCUUUUCUUCCACCGAAAAUCCUACUUAGCUAAUUUACAAAAGAGCAAUAAUAAUUUUCCUCAACAAUUAAUCAACAAUAUUAUUCCGUCUCUGCAUUUGUAUUCUUGUUUAAUCUAAAAAAUCAAAUUAUCUCUGAUAUUUGCAACUAAAAACAAUUAAUUUUAUGUAAGCUUGAUGAUUGAUACUCAAACCACAAUUUGUUCAUCAUCUUAACAAUUAAUCUUAAAUAAAUAAGAAUAACUUGAAAUCUUCAA